UCCAUGAAUCAAAGUGGGUGAAGAAUUCAUCAUGAACAGAUCUCUCAAAGGAACUUUAUCGUUAAUUUUGCUUUUAACUGCAAUUUCUGGACAGUUAUGUCAAACUUAUCCAGAAACUAGUGCCAGUAAAAAUGAAGAAGUUGCUGAAGAAUUUCCUACUAAUGUUCAGACGCUAUCUCAAAUUGAAGAAGAAAACACAGAACAAAGUUCUGAAGGAGAUUUAAAGAGACAAAGCCGUAAAGUACCAUGUCCUUUUCACAAACUGAAAUCAGGUCUCAGUAAAGCAGCUGCCAUUCCUUGUGGAGCUGCUGCAGGAGCAGCAGCUGCUGCUGUAGCAGGAAAAUCAGUUGGAGGAAGUAUCAGUGGAACAUCAGUUGGAGAAGCAUCAGUUGGAAGUGGAUCUUUUGGAAGAUCAUCAUUUGGAGGAUCAAUUGGAGGCUCAGACACGACUGAAGUUGAAGGAGGGGUUCAUUUUGGUCUAACUGAUACUUUCGACAUAUUGAAUGAUAGAAUGUUAGAGAUGAGUGCAUCACUCCACGGUGCACUUAGUAGUAUGCAAGACCUUCUUGGUGCAAUGCCCACCAUGUUAGAACGUAUUCAAGCUGAGAUAAAAUCUAUAGAUGCUUCACCUAAACUGCGCUACGAUGUAGUACAAACAUGUGAUAAUUAUGCUCAAACAGAAAAAAGUGUUUCGGGCAUUAUCAAUCACAUUUAUAACUCUUUUAAACUUCCUUUUUCCAAAGGAGGACAAGUUCAAACCAGGGGUAAUUUUGAAAUUGGUAGCUGCUUAGACAAUAUCAAAGCCAACAUGAUGAACUUUCUUGCAACAAUUCGAUCGUGGUUUUCAUGUGAUAAGUUAUUCUCAUCUAAUAAAGGUAUUUCCAAACUGCAGUCUUACAUUCACAGUUUUCCAUCUAGUUCUCAAUGUAGUGUCUUGAAUGGCUUGGGAAGAUCAUCUGGUAGUUAUAUACUUGUUCCUCAUGGAAGUGGUGAAGGACAAUUUGGAGUUAGAGGUUCAGGAGGCCUCAGUUUUAAUAGUAAUAGUCAAAUCAACGAAGCUGUUAUUGGAAAACAAGUUCAAGAACUCAAUCAAAUAAUUAACCGCGUGAAAGAGUUGCCUGGUAUGAUUACUUCUUUAAUAGAAGAGGUGGAAGUUGGAGUAAACAAUCAAAUCCGUUUAGCUACUGCAUCACAGAGAACUUCACCGUACGUAAGAACUGUUCAAAUUGCUCCAGUAUAUCAUGUACCAAAUUAUCCACAAUUAAUAGGAUCAGAAAAUAUUAUGUCUGUAAGACCUUCUUUAUCGGGACAAGCAAAUAUUAAUAUUAAUCAGAAAAGUUCUAACAUCCCUACUUCUCAGUCUCAAUACUACAUAACAUCACCACAGCAAACUCUAAUAUCCGCACCUGUAGCUUGCUCUGGUCAGAGUAUAAUUGACAAUGUUUAUAGUAGAGUAUCUACUAGUCCUAUCAAGAAAAAUACAGAAGCUUAUCUUUUGAAUAGGUCAGUUGGAAAUAUUAAUUACGACCGAUCAGCUCUUGAUCUUCUGAAUAUCAGAGUUAAUCUUUCUAGAGAUACACUCUAUACUUUACUUAAAGGACAUACUCCUACUGCAGGAGAUAUUAUCAUAUUAAAUUUAACAGAUGAUAUAAUGAUGGUUGGAAGUCCUAGUGACGAUUUUAGUCUUGUUACAUUUACUUUUAUUUAUAGAGGCAUUUCUUCUAGAACAGCUCAUAAUAAUAAUGUAUUUGUAUGGAACGUUUCUGAAGAUGAUUUUUCAUGUAAUCCAAAUAUUUUUAAUGAUAUUGUGGCUCAUCUUGUUUAUGGUUAAUAAUAUGUUUAAUAUUUUUAGUAAAUUAUUUUAAAAACUUGUAUGUAAUAUUAUUAUAUUUAUUCAAUUAAUGACAAUAGAUGAUGUGUAAAUAAAAAAAUCAUAUGCACAAUAAA